GUCAAGUGGUUCUCUAUGAUUUUCUCCAAAAGAAAAAAUCCAAUCCUUCUUUCUUGUGAAACCAAAAGCCUAUCAUUCUAUUCCUAUUUAUGCACCCUGAUUUUUCCAUUUGGUGGUGUGAAUUUUUCUUGCGGUCGGAAUUUUGGUGGAACAGAGACUUGUUGACGCGGAAUCGGUUAACUGCUAAUUCUUCAUAUCAACGAGAGGAUUAGGGUUCGUUAGGGUUUCCGAUUCCAGAGCUAUAAUGUCUGACGCUGAAAAUCAAACCUCUUUGAAAAAUGACGAUCGUCGUGGUUCAAAGCCUGACAGGGGCCACCGCGACAAGCCCAAUUCUCAUGGAUCUGAUCAAGAAAGGCUAAGGAUGAGAAAACGAGAUGGAGAGAGGAAAACUGAUCAUGUGCAACAUCACAAGGACUUUAAAAACGGAGGCUUCAGAAGGAGAAGCAGUUAUGAAAGUUAUAAUCGUCAUCAGAACUGUGAUUAUGACAGGCAUCGAGAUCAUGUUCGAGAUGGAGAAAUGAGGCACAGAUAUGGAAGACAAUCAAGUUACAGAUCCAAGAGGGAAUCUAGGUCUCGCUCCAGAUCCCCUUCUCAUUCAGAAAGCAAAAGGAUCAGUGGCUUUGACAUGGCACCACCUACUGUUGCUGGAGUACCUGCUGUUUCAGUUGAUAGUGCAGGGCAAAUGCUGGGGAUCACUCAUCCAGUUACUCUGCAAAAUGUGCCUUCAGUUGGGAUGUCGCAGGUGGGAGCUUUUUCCUUGAUGUCAGUUCAACCUAUGAUGCAGCAGGCUACAAGGCAUGCACGACGAGUUUAUGUUGGUGGGCUUCCCCCAUUGACCAAUGAGCAGGCAGUGGCAGCAUUCUUCAGUCAAGUUAUGGUAGCUAUUGGAGGGAAUUCUGCCGGUGCAGGUGAUUCCGUUGUAAAUGUUUACAUUAAUCAUGAGAAGAAAUUUGCCUUUGUGGAGAUGAGAACUGUUGAAGAAGCCAGCAAUGCAAUGGCAUUAGAUGGAAUCAUAUUUGAGGGAGUUGCUGUGCGGGUUCGUAGGCCCACAGACUAUAAUCCUGCAGUAGCUGCUGCUCUAGGUCCUAGCCAACCAAGUCCAAACCUUAACUUAUCUGCUGUUGGGCUUGUUGCAGGUGCAAUUGGUGGAGCUGAGGGACCUGACCGCAUCUUCGUUGGUGGGCUGCCAUAUUACUUUACUGAAGAACAAAUAAAAGACUUGCUCCAAUCUUUUGGACCUCUCAGAGCUUUUGAUCUAGUUAGAGAUAAAGACACCGGAAAUUCUAAAGGGUAUGGUUUCUGCUUCUAUCAGGAUCCAGCUGUAACGGACAUUGCUUGUGCCUCAUUGAAUGGCCUUAAAAUGGGUGACAAAACACUGACUGUUCGGCGUGCCACUGUCUGUGUACAGUCUAAAACAGAACAGGAUCAUAUCUUUGCACAGGCACAACAGCAUAUCGCCAUGCAGAAAGUAGUCUUGGAGGCUGGCGGGGUAAAUAUUCUAGGAGUGGAAAGAGCACUAACCAAGCAUGAUGAAAAUGCUACCAAAGUUUUAUGCUUAACAGAGGCCAUUACUGCUGAUCAACUGAGGGAUGAUGGAGAAUAUGAAGAAAUAUUGGAAGACAUGCGGGAUGAAUGCUGCAAAUUUGGGACCUUGAUAAAUGUGGUUAUCCCACGUCCAAAUGGCAUUGGAGAGGCUUCCCCGGGUGUUGGAAAGGUGUUCUUGGAAUAUUCCGAUAGUUCUGGAAGUUUCACUGCGAAAAAUGCGCUGAAUGGGAGGAAAUUCGGAGGCAAUGUUGUGAGUGCCUUCUAUUACUCCGAAGAAAAAUAUCAUAGCUCGCAGUAUGAUGAUGUAUAAGUAAUUACUUACAGGUUUGUCUCUAAUGUUGUAAAGUAGCUAUGUUUCCAAACACAAGUCAUACUAUGAGCAGUGUAGUUACUGGAUUAUCACUAAUGUUUCAUUUCGAAAAGAGCAUAUUUGAGUUGA